AUGGACAAACUCCAAAUCUUUAGUACAACUAUUGAGGAAAUAGAUCAAACUAUGGGCGAGGCCCCUAAGGAAGACUGGAGAAUCCGAGUCCCAACCCAAUAUAAGAGGUUUUAUGAAAUGAUGGAUGAUAAAUUCGCUAAUGAGAUGCCGCCUCCCCGCCCCUACGAUCAUAAGAUACCGCUUAAGGAAGGGAAAGAGCCCCCUUUUGGACCACUUUAUGGUAUGUCCCGUGAGGAACUCAUUGUGCUUAAACGAUACAUACAGGACAACCCCCAGAAGGGCUUCAUUCAGGCCAGCUCUUCGCCUGCCGGUGCCUCUGUCCUAUUUGUUAAAAAGGGCGAUGGAACACUCCGCCUCUGUGUCGAUUAUCGUGGCCUCAACGAACUCACUGUCAAAAACCGCUACCCGCUGCCACUCAUCCGGGAAACUCUCGACCGCCUUUCCAAAGCCAAGUGGUACACCAAACUUCACCUUCGCCAAGGGUACAACCAGAUCCGAAUGGCUGAGGGUGAAGAAUGGAAAACAGCCUUCCGAACGCGUUACGGGCAUUUCGAAUAUACGGUGAUGCCCUUCGGCCUUACCAAUGCACCAGCCACCUUUCAACAUUUCAUUAAUGAUUGCGUCCACGACUACCUCGAUAUGUUCUGCACAGCCUACCUCGACGAUAUUCUUAUUUACAGCGACACCUUCGAGGAACAUCAAAUACACGUCGAAAAGGUCCUGGAAGCCCUAUGA